AUGAACACCAAAUCUCACGCCUCUAUAGAACUUCUACAUUGUCUCAUCACGGCGGAUACGCAGGAGAGCGUCGAUACGGCAAAACAACAUGUUCGAGCAGUCAUUAAGAAUGCCAUUACUACACCGGAACACGAACAUAACAGAAAACGCCAGCAAUUCCGAGAUCUCGCUUUGGCGAACGGGACUUUUCGCGACGAUGAAGGUAUAGGGAAAACUAUUAACAUGACCCACAGCGUGCCGGCAUCAGUUAUCGUGUGCCAUAAAUGCUACGGACACGGUCACAUCGCCCGCGAUUGCCGCAGUACGAAGAUGGAAGCCUCCCAGAAGCCACCGCCAUGGCGGAAGUCGAAUACUAAUUCGGAAGCAAAGGAUUCUCUGGAACUUUCUUGUUCCCGAUUCCUCGCUGACAUGGAACACGACGCACGGGCUGGUUGGAACCUUUCCGGACAUUGACUC